UUGGAAAAACAUGAGAAGCCUAUUGAGUUCAAUUCAGCUAUUGAGUUGCCUGCCUUUCACUUGCUCGGCUACAAUCGUUUGAGCGGAGCGGUUCACUUUACAACNAGCAGAGUGGUUCACUUUACAACGGGCUCAUUUUCCCAACUGCGACUCGAGUUCGUCAUCUCUCAGUACAUUGACUUCUACAUGGCACAGGUUUUUGUGCCCGCUGGCCUGGUCGUCAUCAUCAUCUGGGUGCCCUUCUGGCUGAACAGGGGCAGUCAGACCCGGGUGGCACUGGGCGUGACGACAGUGCUCACCAUGACCACCCUCACGACGACACUCAACACUGACCUGCCUAAAAUAUCUCAAUUGACCGCACUUGAUGUUUACCUAUUUGUCUGCUUUGCGCAGGUUUUUCUUUCUCUCAUUGAGUACGCCACAAUUGGCUACUACGACGUCAA